AUGACUUCUAAAAGCAUCCUUUUAAUAUUUCUAAUAUUGCUCAAAUGCUUAUUUUUGGUGGUAAAUUCAAUUCCAACUGACCCAAGAUUUAUACAUGCCACUGUUAUUGUUAACAAUAAUUUAUAUGUUAUGGGUGGUGGCUCUAAUG